AUGGGGUGUGUCAAAAAACUCUUGCUUCCGGCCAUUUCUCUGUUUUUGUCGAGCCAAACAGAAUGCUUUUCCUUCAACGAUUCACCACGAAUGACUGUCACUCGAACCCUCCAAAUCCAUGAUGCCAGGAGUUUUCCCCCGUUUCAGUUAUACGCAACAGCACCCGCUGAGAUGGAGACACCAUCGGCCCCUUCUCUGGUCGAACCUAUUGCGGAUAACUCUUAUUCCAAUAAUCCCAUCAAACGCAUCAAACACCUGAUUACGAAUCUCAACGCCAACGAUGAAAAAACCAAUCUCCAUGAGAAAAGUCUGAAAGCAACGGGAGGAGUCUGGAAAACAAAGUUCUUGGGUAAACCAGCGUACGGUGUAUCCGCGUAUAUCCCAGAAAUUACCAAGAACCUUACCAAAGCUGAGUCCCAAGGAUUGUUGAUUUCCGAUUGGCCCGAAUCUGUCUUGAAUACACUGGGACACUCGUCCUUGGUUGCCGGCAACGCAGCCAGUGACAAAGGUCGCAAAGUUUUCUUGGAAGCCAUGUCGACAAGAAGCAUCUUAGGUCAAUCCUUAUCUGGGGUUGAGGAGACUGUCGACGCCAUGAAAAGACAUUGGCAAAGAUGUGCCGAGACUGGUGAAACCACCACUUUUGCUGACGAUGUCAGUGCGAUCACCUACAAAGUCAUUGCGGUGGCCGUAUUUGGACCGGGCAGCUUGACGGAUGGUGACAUGAAACAACUCAGAGAGUGGACCGAUACCAUAGCCAAGGGAAUGUUUUCAUUUCCCAUUGACAAACCAAUUAUCCGCAACAUUCCCUUCUUCCGACGGUAUCCAAGAGCCAUGAAAGCGCGGAGAGAAAUGAGAGAACUUAUCAUUAACAAGAUUGCUGACCGCGAGGCAGUGAUUGCUAAAAACGGCGCGGAUCAUGAGUCGGUUGGUCUGCUGGAUGCAUUCUUACUAGAAGGGGGUCUCGAAGGUGACGAGCUGUUGGACUUUUGUGUGGACAAUGUCAUUCUCUCUAUUUUCGCCGGAUAUGAUACGACGGCCAGUAUGUCCACGAACUUAAUUUUACUUUUGCACGAUUACGCUACCACAGAAGAGCUGGAGCAGAUUCGAUCGGAACUAAAUGGCUUUGACUUUCAAUCGAUCUCUGCCAGCAGUGCCCCGGUCGGGGGAAUGUUGGAAUGUGUUCCCAGCCUCAAAAGUGCCGUCUACGAAAGCUUUCGGUUUCGACCGGUGGUUGGAAGUACCUUUCGAAAAACGACGGGGCCAAUUCAAUUGGGAAAGGUGGCACUCCCUGCAAACACGACGAUUCAGUGGUCACAUUUGCAUGGCAGUAAUAGCCCAACCUUCUUUGAAACGAGAGACCGAGCAUGUCCAUUGAGGUUUCUUUCCACCAAUGAACCACCACCAUUUAUCUUUGGGUACGGCAAGCAUAAGUGUCCCGGUCAAUUCUUGGCACAUAUUGAAUUGCUCUUGGUCAUGAAGGCCUUUUUGUGCAACUUUGACUUCUCACUGAUUCCAGACCAGAACACCAAACCAACACUUCCGUUCAAUAAGCCAAAGAGUGGUCUCAAACUACAGUUGACCGCAAGAUAG